AUGGAGACUGAUGCUCCAAAAGCUAAGGCUCACAAGGGCCAUCUUACUGAGUCCACAAUUAAUGUGAACACUGGUGAAAAAGUUGCAUGUCAACUCGAAAAGAGUGUUUCUAUGGAGAAAAUUUUCCCUGAUCCUUCAUCUCAGAAGGAGAUGACUGUUGAUAUUGGGAAAAUGAAGGAUGUGGCUCAGGAACCUGCUACUCCUGUCGAAGCCUUAGAAAUAGUUCCUGGUGGAGUUGAUCCUGAGGCGUAUACGAGGUGCAUGGAGUACUGCCAAGCUCAAGGUGUGAAUUUAGACACUUUUAAAUUUGUUAAGAUUGGCUUGGACAAACUUUGCAUUAUGUCAAGGAAGUCAGAGCUAAAGUUGUCAAAGUAUAUUGAUGAUGCCUUCAUAGUUUCUGAUGCUAAGGGUCAACUUGCUGGGAAAUCUUCCCUUGAGUUGGCAGAUGCAAGUGUUACUAUUAUUUACAAGCUACAUAUAUUUUUGCCUGACUUCAAUGCUCUUUUGCAAAGGAGUUUGCGUAAGUCUCUCGAAGAAGAUGCAAAGAAUGCGGCACUUCGUGAAAAAAGUUUGCUUGAGGAGAUUAAAUCUUUGAAAUCUCAACUUGUUGCUAAGGAGAAAGAAAGAGUGGAAACGGUUAAAGCUCUCAAUAAUAUGGAGUCAAGGUGUAUCUCUAUUGGGACCAAGCUUGAGACAAAGACUAAAGAUUUUGAUAACUUGAAGAAAGAUCUUGAUAAGGUUGUGGGAGAGAAAAAUUAUCUUGAGAAAAAGUCUACUGAGAAAGAUAAAAAAUUUCAUGAUAAGUGUAAUCGUCUGUGGGAACUUUACAAGAAUUGUUAUGAUAAGUUUGGUGCGAAGCCAGAAGAUCCUUGCUGGGAUCUUGGGGAGUUUGACCCAUUUUUUGCUUUGUUAUGCCCCCAAUAUGAGGAUUUGCCCAUUCUACUUUGCAAGAAAUAUUUCAAUCAAUAUUGGAACCUUGGUAGCAGAGAGAGUGAUUUUCUGAAGGCAAAGAAGAAGAUGGAAAAGCUUAAAAAAGAAAUUACUGCUGGCGAGAAGGAGCAGAAGGAGCAAGACAAGCGUGAUGAGAAAAAUGCUAGAGAUGAUGGUGUUGGUGAUCAUCCAUUUUAG